GAGGUAGGGGGGGUCGGAGGUGGUGGUCCGGCGGAUACGGACUCCGAUAGGGAACAUUGGCUUAGUGUGCUUUCGUUCGUCUUCGUGGAAGGUAUACCGGUUACUGUCACGUUCUACAUCAGUUAAACGCACGUUGCGCUCUUCCGGUACCGUCGAAACCGUUUCCUCGUUUUAGCGUCAAACGUCGCGGUCAGUGGGUUUCUCUUCCGUCGCCAAGGUGUGUUAAUGUGGUUGUGAUACACGGAAGUUAGUUAGCGGCGAGGAGGGAUACCGUGCUACGUGUGUCAAGUGCCACUGGAUGAUGAAUGUGAUGAUACAGAGCUGGUUCAUCUGCUGUCUGUUUCUGCUGGGCUGUGUUCAAGGAUCGAGCGAUACGAAGAGGAACGGGAGUGAGUCGAAAGCACGAGGGGGCGGAUUUAUAUAGGGGUUAAUUGGGACGAUUGCGUAAGAUAUUUUUCGCUACGCAUUCUCGACGAUGAAGAGAAGAUGAGUCUCUGGGUCGAUGAGCAAAGAGGACUAGAAGUGUGGCCAGAAUGCUGGCAGCUCGUGAUCAAGAGCGUGAACGUCCCAGAAAGGGUGAAGGUGGGAGAGGCGGAUUACGUGAUUCUGGACUGCGACUAUGAUUUCGAGAACACGCCUAGCAAGGGAUUAGUCGUGAAAUGGUUCUUCAACGUCAACGAAGUGGCUUACCAAUGGAUAUACGGUAGAAAUCCUUUGGCCGGCGAGCUCAUGGAGAAGUACGUCGACCUGAAGUACGAAGCCAGCGACGAUCCGUACACCAAGUACCGAGCCAUGAAAUUGAAUAAGCCCGGUAUCGAUCUUACCGGCGACUACAGGUGCGUCAUAUCCACUUUCGCGGACGAGCGGUCUGCCAAUGCCUCCAUGGUUGUGUAUUCAACGGAGGAGAAAUUCGAUCUUGUGUAUAGAAAGAAAACCAUAGAUGAUAAGGAUGGAGUGGAGAUAACGUGUAAAGCAGAAGGACUAUAUCCACAACCUACCCUCGAUAUAUCCAUCGAGUCUGUUCCGGAAAAGCAAACAGCGAAGCCCACCGUUACGCUGCGUGACGAUGGACUGUACGAUAUCUUAUCACGAACGGCCUUACUGGACGAAGAUUUACCGGAAGAGGCGAUUGUCAAAUGCUUGCUCGGUAUACCGAAGGCAAACUACAACGUUUCCCACCAAACCGUCUACUAUCGCGGAACGCCUACUACUACUUCAACUGCUACAACGAAGCUGCUGCAGAUAAUGGAGAACCAAGCGCUAGACAACUCAGGGGCUGGCAAUGGUGGUGGAAACUUCUCUGGUCAAGUGUCAAUUAAUGUCCUCUUAGUCAUGAUGCAUCUGGCAAUUGUCAACAUGUUCAAUUAACCGCUUGAUUACUAGGUGACCGCUCGAACAUGAGUCCGAAGCAAGUGGUAGACGCGCGUUAAAAGUCAACCGUUCUCGACCUUUCGUCUUACUACGCCUAAGAUCGACGAACAUCGUGUCCCCUUCCCCCGGUGCACCGCCCCCCCCCCCCCCCAAACGUUAAAUGUUGUUUCACAAAGCGCCAGACACAAGCAUCGAAGUUCGAUCAACGUUCAUGUUCAUCGUCUCGCAAGAGAAAGUCCUGUUUAUAAUUCUGUAUGCAUACAUCGUACGCGCUGUUUAGAGUGUUAUUUGUACUUGUAAACGAAAUUUGUAGAUUAUCGCGGCCGAGAUCGACGCGACUUGAACCAACAAAAAAAAAAAAAAAGGAAAUAAAAUAAAAGGUUUAUAGGUAAACUAUCGAAGCGGGGUCGGCUGGUUUUAAAACGAAAAAAAAAAAAGAAAGAAAAUCGUCGAAGUGUGGCGUGUAAAUAAUGUUCAAGAUUUGAUCAUACAUAUGUAUAUUAACAGUUCGAGUCAUAAUUGUAGACUGUGUUUGUUAUACUCUUCGUGUUACGUCAGAUUCAUAAUAUAUUGUUUAAACGAAUAAGAUGUAUGGAACUUUACAUACACGAUACACACACCAGAUAUAUGAUAUAUUAUAUAAAUAUACGAGAGAAAAAGAAGAUCGAUCGGAUACAUAUAUAUAUAUAUAUAUAUAUAUAUUAACUAUACGUAACUUGAAUGUGUAAUUAUUUUAAUAUGUGUAAAUAGCUGCGACAAUAUGCUGUAUCGAAAUGCAAACGCGCGUAUGUGAAGAAUAUCUAGGAGCGUGGAUCGCGAUAACAUCCUCGCUUGUUAAUGAGAAUUUAGAGGAUUCUGCGAUGAGACGACGAACUGUUCGUCUGCGUUUACUCAUUGCGGACCGAGAUGGAUGAAAUUCUUGCCUAGGCGAAAAUUUCAAAAUAGAAAUUCGAAUUACAAAAUGAAAUGUUUCGCGUUGAACGAAUAAAAAAUGAAUUAGUUAAUCGAACAAACGUCGCUUUGUAAAUCCUGUGUUUGUGUUAUUCGUCGAGUAUUAUUCGAAUAAAAUUUUGCCCAUCUCUGAUUGCGAAAGAAACGUGACGCUUGGAAGACAGCGUGACAGACAAAAAUAUCCAAACGAAAAGUGUUACACGAAUCUAAAGAUUGUUUCAGGACGCCUGAAACGUUACAAGUUGUAAUAGCAUGGCGUUUCGAAGUUAGGGGAUCUCAGGGGGUUGCAAAUGGAGAAUCUGAACCAUCGUCGCAGCGAAACCCAUUGCUUCCCUAAGAUCCCAUGGCUCUGAAGCGACAUAUUGUUGCUACUGUUAUAUUAGCGAGGUCGAUGAGUUUAAUUUAUUAAUUAAUUUAUUUGGACUUCAAUUCCGCUCAGGUAUUUUCGUUUAAAUAUAUAUUUUAAUUAAUGCUAUGAAACGACCAAAGAGCUAAUAUUCAGAUCAGAGCUUCUUAAACUAUGAGUCGCGUUAAAAAUUCUUUGGAGUCGCAGAAAAUUGUGAAAAAUAUAAAAUAUGUUUUGUAUCACUUUAAGGUAUCGGAGUAUUAUAUCUGUAUAUAACAAAUAUACUUGUAUAGCGAUUAUUAUUAUAAAUAAGGUUAGCGUAUCCGACGAGGAUGACGUAUUAAUUCCUAAAAUUGUCAGUGCAGUGCACAGGACAAUUAAAUUUAUAUUUCACGAAGCAUAUGAAUUCGAUACAAUUUGGGAGUGGUGAACUAGAUCGCGAGUGAAACAGGUUUAAGAAGCCCCGAUUUAGCCUAAACUCGUAUUAGUUUCUCUUUGGCUGUUCUGUGAGUUGUAGUACCAAAGAUGAUCGAAUAAAUACCUGAGCAAUCGGAAGUUGAAACUGCGUGCACCAAAGUUCGCGCGUCUAAUUAACUUAGGCCUAACAUACAAGUUAUUUUUUUCUACUUGCACGCUACUCGACUAAUCAUGUUUACGUAAGAGACUAGUCUACGAAAGGGGUGAUAUUUGUUUCUUGGAUAAAAGGAAUUCUUUUGUACAUCGAAGAAAUUAGCGAGAAAUAAAGUAAAUGUUUACGUUAUCGUGUGAGUGUUAAUCGAUUCUUGGCAUUACCGAUAAUCACUGUUGAAUGCGCGCGUGGCAAAUCUGAAAAUUACUUCAUACCUGGCGACUCUAAACGAGGGAGAAAUUAUAGUGAACGUUAUAGUUGUAAAUAAAUUGUCCUCUGUAGCACUUCUAGUCGUUCGAACAAAUGCCUAUCGGAUCGAUGAAAGAAGAGAAAGGUGCGAAGUCUGUAAUUUAAGUUCGAGUAUGGCAUCCGAGAAUUCUGAUUAUGUAUACCGACGCUUGUAAAAAGGAUUUCGUGUUUGUAAAACUAAAUACAUUCUAUACCAAAGAAA